AUGUGGGGCGGACAUUCAUAUCUAGGUGUAAUAGCGACACACACACUCGUCUUUCCGCUGUGUUGUCAAAAUGUGAGCUCGGAUGUGAAGUUGAAAGACUCAGUUGAUUUCCACGCGUUCACAGAGCAGUUUCAGCGCGUGUAUCAGCGCGUGUAUGAAGUCAACAGCGACGAAUUUAACCGUCGUCAUGUCUAUUUACAGGAUGCUACAAAGCGGCGUGCAGACCUGAACGCGUUCUCCACGCAGUCUGCCAAGUAUGGCAUCACCCGGUUCUCUGACUUCUCUCAGAAGGAAUUCAGAGAUCUCUUCCUGCGAGCAAGCGCUGACGGAGCUCCCGUCUUCUCUGGACCGAAGACAGAGCGGCUCCCGGCCACAUUUGACUGGAGGGACAAAGCAGUGGUGGCACCGGUCCAGAACCAAGAAGCAUGCGGGAGUUGUUGGGCGGUUGGUGCCAUACAAUCUGUUCACGCUGUAGGAGGCUCGCAGCUGCAGCAGCUCAGCGUGCAGCAGGUUCUGGACUGCUCCGUCCAAAAUAAAGGCUGCUCUAGAGGCUCCCCAUUCCAGGCCCUGAAAUGGUUAAAGCAAACCGGGGUGAAGUUGGUGCGUCGGUCAGAGUAUCCCUACAAGGCCAAGACGGGAAUCUGCCACUUCUUCUCCCAGUCACACGGCGCUGUCGCUGUGCAGAACUUUACUGCACAUGAUUUCAGCGCUCAAGAGGAGGCAAUGAUGGGUCAGCUGGUGGAGCGCGGUCCCUUGGCUGCUAUCGUGGAUGCUGUCAGCUGGCAGGAUUACCUGCGUGGAAUCAUCCAGCACCACUGCUCCAGCCAACGCUCUAACCAUGCUGUCCUGGUUGUUGGAUACAGCGCUGUCGGGGAUGUUCCGUACUGGAUUGUGCAGAACUCCUGGGGAACCACAUGGGGGGAUGAGGGUUAUGUUUAUAUAAAAAUCGGUGGAAACGUCUGUGGUAUCGUAGAUUGUGUGGCAGCAGUUUUCAUCUGA